AUGUUCUCGCUGCGGGCGUUUGUGGACGGGAUCUCGCCCGAUGGCCACGUCAGCCGCAUCGCGGCGUUUCACUACGCACAAACCCUACAGCAUCUUCAGGCACGGAUCAACGCCUUCGAGCAUGGCCAGCGGGAUUCAGUCUUAGCCGACUCGACCGUCAUGGUCAUUGUCACCUUAGCCAUGGCUGCAGAGAUCACGGGGGAUCUUGCCGCCGCGCAGAGCCAUGUGGAGGGUCUGCUCACGAUCGUCAACCUCAAGGGCGGCCUGCGGUCUCUGAACACACACAAUAAUGUGCAAGUCAAGGUUUGCCGGGCCGAUCUAGGACUCGCGUUGCGGAUGGGAAGCCGCGCACGACUCUUCCAAACAGGAAUCUCAUGGGACUGCUUUCUCGCCAAUCGCGGUCUAGUGAAGUGCAACCACGGGACAGAUGGGGCCCAGGUCGACGUCGUGGUCAACAAACUUGACCCGAAAUUGGGGAACUGCUGGAAAGACAUUCAUGCCUUCAGCUGCCUGAGCAACCUCGCCUACCAGACGACCCGGAAGCUCUCGCCUGACGUCUACAACGAGAUGAUGGUCUCCAUUCUAUACCGACUCACGCGUCUCUCUUUUGAAGACGACCUUUUGCAAGACAUGAUCCGGAUCGGCUUGCUGGUCUACUGCUCCACCCUGUUUUUGACACGGCAGUAUCUGGAGCGGCCUUAUGAACGCCUUUGCAAUCUCUUCGACGCUGCUCUGCUCAGACUGUGUCAAGUCUCUGCAAAUGAGGUGCCACUGCCACCGCUGGUGCUACUGUGGCUGUUGAUCCUAAGGCACCUGGUGGCGUACCAAGAGCGUUGUUCGGAAUCGGACAGCUGGCAGACCGUCUGGCUCGACAAGGCUGUCGUGCUUACCGGCGUUGAUACGUGGCUACAGGCACAGCGAGUGUUGAGAUCUGUCAUGUGGGUUGAUUUUGUGCAUGAUGAGCGAGGAAAAGAAUGCUUUGAUGCGAGUAGGAUGAGAUCUGGGCCACCUUGA